CCGAACUCUCCAAAUGCUCUCUCUCUAACACAGCCCACAAGCCAUGUCCUUCUUCAUGUUACUCCUUCGAUGGACUCUCCUCAACAUUCUUCUCUCUCUGCCCCUCUCUCUAUCUUCUUCCUCCAUCCAUGACCUCCUCCGCUCGCACGGUCUGCCAGCCGGUCUCCUCCCCAAGGAGGUCAAGUCCUACUCACUCUCCGACGAUGGCCUCCUCCAAGUCUUCCUCGACGCUCCCUGCCUCACCAAAUUUGAGGACCGGGUUUUCUUCGACAGCAUCGUCAGGGCCAACCUCAGCUACGGAAGUCUCAUCGGGGUUGAGGGUUUGACUCAGGAAGAGCUCUUUCUGUGGUUGCCGGUGAAGGAUAUCAUCGUUGAUGAUCCGGGAUCAGGUCUCAUUCUUUUCGACAUUGGAGUCGCUCAUAAACAGCUUUCUCUGUCGCUCUUUGAGGAUCCUCCUUCCUGUAAACCAUCAGGUGUGGUGAAGAAUCAUGUGAAGGCGCAGGAAAAAAGGGUUCGAAGCUCUGAGAUAGCUAGGGAGAUGCCUUCCUGUUACAAAUUUAAUUGUCGUUUUCUAUGAUUAAUCAGUUUAAAAUUGAUUGGUCUUCUUCUUACUUAAUGAUAUAAGUAGUAUGUAAGUAGGUGGAGGCUGGCUCGAUGAGAGUAUUUAGGGUUUAAGAGUCUUUCAAGAGGAAUAGGUGGAGAUUAACUCCAGGAGGAAUCUGAUGUACGUCCUCAUCAUAUUAGCGGUUAUAAUCUUCUAACCUUUGUAAAAGGCCUUUCAUUCUCACCUGUUCCCCAAUCUGCCUUAUGUUGAAGCAAAGCAAGGGAUCAAACUUCUUUAAAUUAAUCUCUACUAUAUAUUAAAAAGUA